AUGUCGACCCAAAAAUCAACAAAGCACAAGAAACAACAUCUGCCCGUAGAUUCAUCGGGAUCCUCGUCAGCACAGCGCCCAACAGGCAAAAAACGUCAAGUAUACGACACGCUCAAUGUCGGCCUGGAUGUAGUGGCCAACAUAUCCGAGGGAUCAGAUGUACUCGCUCCUCUCAAGGCAGCUUGUCGAACCACCAAGUCAAUUCUCGAAGUCGCAACAGAGAUCAAUCAAGAGGAAUGGAUUGAUCUAGCUGGACGUUUGAAGGAAUACAUGUCUGCGCUCGAGAAACAAAUCACCCUAUUGGAGGCAUAUCCUGAGGAAGACAUGGCCGUUGAUGAGGCGUUCAGGCAGCCGCUAAUCCACUAUGUCGAAUUUCUCGAAAAUAUGCACGAUACAAUUGUCGACCUGAAGGAGAAACGCAACCGCAGCAAACUCAGCAUCUUUAAAGCGUUCAGCAAAAUGAAAAUUGACGCAGAAGAGAUUCUCAAACUCAAUCGAGACAUCGAGGACCGGCAUAGGCAAUUCAUGGAGGCCUUGAGUCUUUUUACAGCCUUGCGUAUUCAAAAUGUCGAGAGGAAUGCCAAAGCCACCAAGGCGAACGUGGAGACCAUUCUUACAGACGUCGACACCAAUGCUAUACUGCAGCUACCGUUGGUAGCUUUCGUCGCAUCCUCAGUCCACAGGCCCUGUCUGAAAGGAACACGCGAGGCUGUUCUUCAGACCAUCUACCGCUGGGCCGACGAUGAUACGUCGGACAAGCCGAUAUUUUGGCUGUGUGAUAUCGCCGGCUCUGGCAAGUCCACAGUUGCAAUGUCUGUAGCAGAGACUUGGAGGAAGGAAGGAGUACUAGGAGGCCGGUUCUUCUUCUCCAUUGCAAACAACGAAGUAUCCACCACAGACAAGUUCUGCUCCACGAUAGCAAGAGACCUGGUCGACUACAUACCCAGGCUUGCGCCGCACGUCGCUGGAGCUGUGAAGCGGCACCCGUCGCUCAUGCGAAGCUCUCUAGAAGAACAGUUCCAGAAGAACAAAAAACUCAAGGUAUUCAUGACGAGUCGGCCAGACCCCGUAAUCCAAGCCGUCUUGGGGUCACUCUCAAUCAAAUCCAAGUUGGAGGACCGACUGCACAAUGUCAAGCAUCAUGAUAACAUUGGUGAUAUCGCAGUGUACAUACACCAAGCACUAGACAACGUGCUGCCGGAGGGCAAAAGGCAGAGACUGAUCGAAAAGGCCAACGGAUUGUUCAUCUGGGCGAGCACUGCAUGUCGAAUGCUCACCAGCCAGACAAGCUUAAGCCCUCCGGAGAUCACGUAUGAUCACCUCAUGUCGAUGGACAAGACUGGGGCCAUAGAUGAUCUAUAUAACCUCAUCUUUGUGCGCACGGAUCCCGAAUUCCACGCGAUCAUGUACAAGAUGCUCGCUGUACUGCUUGCAGCGUUUGAGCCGCUGACUGCGGACGACGUGGACGACAUUCUCAAGCAUUCCGGGGUAUACGGAAGUGCAAAGGCACUGGUACGGAAUCUCGGCAGCGUACUUGUUGAGGAUGAUACCACGAGUCUAAUCCAAUUUCGGCACCCCACUUUCGUCGAAUACCUUCGGCGUUGCGCUGUUGCCCCACCCAUUGAUACGCGUAACAACGUGCAUAUCAGGAUUCCUGACGCACACGGGCAAGCCGCAGUUUGGUGUCUCAAACAUCUCACAUCGCGAAGAGAUGGUCUCAAGUUCAAUAUAUGUCAACUGGAGUCAUCUUUCUAUCUCAAUAGAGAGAUUCCAAACCUCGAUACGAGAGUAUCAAGAUUCAUUUCAAGACGCCUUCGAUAUGCCAGCUCUCAUUGGCUGUUCCACGUGGCUGAAGCUGGCGACAGCUGGCGGUCCAUCGUCAAGAAGGAAAUUCAACAGAUUAUGCAAGUUCCAUACGUGUUAUACUGGAUGGAGGUUCUGAGCUUGACCGGGGGAGUGCCACGAGCAAUAACCGGUCUUCGAGCUAUCAAACGCCACGCAGGACUUGAAACAUGGGAUGAAGUCAACAUGGACCAGAUUCGACGGUUUAUAAUGGUAUUUUCAGUACCGAUUCAAGAGAGCGCCCCACACAUAUACAUUUCCGCACUCCCAUUCACCCCUACAAAUUCAAUAUUGCAUGUUGAGGGUGCGAAGAUGUAUAGUAAUACCCUCUGUGUAACCGAAGGCCUCGAGGAAAUGUAUCCUGGGCUCCCAAGUAGGCUUCGAGGUCAUGAAGGCAGAGUCAACGCCGUCGGAUUCUCGCCAGACGGCUCACAGAUUGUGUCUGGCUCGGACAACACAAUUCGAUUGUGGGACGCGGCAACUGGUCAGGCUGUGGGAGAGCCACUCCGAGGUCAUGAAAAUUGGGUCAACGCCGUCGGAUUCUCGCCAGACGGCUCACAGAUUGUGUCUGGCUCGUACGACAACACAAUUCGAUUGUGGGACGCGGCAACUGGUCAGGCUGUGGGAGAGCCACUCCGAGGUCAUGAAGGCGGAGUCAACGCCGUCGGAUUCUCGCCAGACGGCUCACAGAUUGUGUCUGGCUCGUCCGACAAGACAAUUCGAUUGUGGGACGCGGCAACUGGUCAGGCUGUGGGAGAGCCACUCCGAGGUCAUGAAGGUUGGGUCUUGGCCGUCGGAUUCUCGCCAGACGGCUCACAGAUUGUGUCUGGCUCGGACGACAAGACAAUUCGAUUGUGGGACGCGGCAACUGGUCAGGCUGUGGGAGAGCCACUACGAGGUCAUGAAGGCAGAGUCAACGCCGUUGGAUUCUCGCCAGACGGCUCACAGAUUGUGUCUGGCUCGUCCGACAACACAAUUCGAUUGUGGGACGCGGCAACUGGUCAGGCUGUGGGAGAGCCACUCCGAGGUCAUGAAGGCGGAGUCAAGGCCGUCGGAUUCUCGCCAGACGGCUCACAGAUUGUGUCUGGCUCGUCCGACAAGACAAUUCGAUUGUGGGACGCGGCAACUGGUCAGGCUGUGGGAGAGCCACUCCGAGGUCAUGAACAUUGGGUCAACGCCGUCGGAUUCUCGCCAGACGGCUCACAGAUUGUGUCUGGCUCGGACGACAAGACAAUUCGAUUGUGGGACGCGGCAACUGGUCAGGCUGUGGGAGAGCCACUCCGAGGUCAUGAAGGCGGAGUCAACGCCGUCGGAUUCUCGCCAGACGGCUCACAGAUUGUGUCUGGCUCGUCCGACCAGACAAUUCGAUUGUGGGACGCGGCAACUGGUCAGGCUGUGGGAGAGCCACUCCGAGGUCAUGAAGGCAGAGUCAACGCCGUCGGAUUCUCGCCAGACGGCUCACAGAUUGUGUCUGGCUCGGAGGACAAGACAAUUCGAUUGUGGGACGCGGCAACUGGUCAGGCUGUGGGAGAGCCACUCCGAGGUCAUGAAGGCGGAGUCAACGCCGUCGGAUUCUCGCCAGACGGCUCACAGAUUGUGUCUGGCUCGUCCGACAACACAAUUCGAUUGUGGGACGCGGCAACUGGUCAGGCUGUGGGAGAGCCACUCCGAGGUCAUGAAGCUUGGGUCAACGCCGUCGGAUUCUCGCCAGACGGCUCACAGAUUGUGUCUGGCUCGUCCGACAAGACAAUUCGAUUGUGGGACGCGGCAACUGGUCAGGCUGUGGGAGAGCCACUCCGAGGUCAUGAAGGCGGAGUCAACGCCGUCGGAUUCUCGCCAGAUGGCUCACAGAUUGUGUCUGGCUCGGACGACAAGACAAUUCGAUUGUGGGACGCGGCAACUGGUCAGGCUGUGGGAGAGCCACUCCGAGGUCAUGAAGGCGGAGUCAACGCCGUCGGAUUCUCGCCAGACGGCUCACAGAUUACAAUUCGAUUGUGGGACGCGGCAACUGGUCAGGCUGUGGGAGAGCCACUCCGAGGUCAUGAACACACAGUCAGCGCCGUCGGAUUCUCGCCAGGCGGAUCACAGAUAGUCUCCGGCUCGUGGGACAAGACGAUCCGAUCAUGGGAUGCAGAAACAGCCUUGAGUGCAAACGCAAAUUUUUCUGGUAAAGAGCCUGUAUAUUCAAGCCUCAGUGAGGGUCUACCGGCCACUCCUCUAAGAAUCCAUGUACCUGGAUUCCAAAUUUGCUUACUCUCGCAGGACGGCUGGGUACAUUCUUCCGGCAAACGUCUCUUCUGGGUACCACCAGACAAUCGACACGGACUAAAAUAUCCAUAUCUCCUGACAAUUCCAAACGAGGCUCCAUUCCGCAAGACCAAGUUUAAUUUCACCAAUUUUCAAUGUGGUCUCUCUUGGACAAAUGUUCGAACAAAUGUCCCAUAA